AUGGAAGCCACCAAGGAGCAGCCAAAGCACUUCGUUGCGGUUCACGGUGUAGGCCACGGAGCAUGGGUGUACUACAAGUUGAAACCCCGCAUUGAGGCCGCUGGCCACCGUUUCACCCCAGUCGACCUGGCGGGUGCCGGAAGAAAUGAAAAGAAACUGGAAGAGAUCAGAACAAUGGUUGACUACACGAGGCCGUUGUUGGAGGUUCUGGCCUCAAUUCCAGAAAAUGAGAAGGUGAUACUGAUAGGCCAUAGCGGCGGGGGGAUGGCCGCAGCUGUUGGUUUGGAAAAGUACCCCAACAAAGUCUCAGUUGGUGUUUUCUUGAAUGCAAUCAUGCCUGAUGCCAAGAAUCGGCCAUCAUAUGUUUUCGAAGAGUACACGGCAAGGACCCCGAUAGAGAAAUGGCUGGACACUAAAUUUUUCCCCUACGGCGACCCUCCCAUUAUGGCAUUGCUCUGUGGCCCCGAGUUCAUCUCCAGCAGCCUCUACAAUCGGUCCCCUAAGGAGGAUCAAGCGCUGGGGAAGCUACUGGUAAGACCAGGGUCACUAUUCAUGGAAGAUUUACUGCAGACAGAGAAAUUAUUCACGGAGGAGAGAUUUGGAUCAGUCCCGCAGGCUUAUGUAAUAGCGAGUGACGAUAUAACCAUAACAGCUGAUUUCCAACGUUGGAUGAUCCAAAACAACCCGUGCGUGAAGGAGGUGAAAGAGAUCAAGGGUGCUGACCACAUGCCCAUGUUUACUAAACCCGAUGAGUUGUGCCAAUGUCUGCUGGAGAUUGCGAAGACAUAUGCUUAAAACCCAAAAAAAAAAAAACUUAUUCGUGAUCCGGAUUCCAGUUCCAGUUCCAGUCCCAGUCCUGGGAAGUGGGAAGUGACAAAAUUCCAUCAUCAUAAUCACAAGAAUAAUAAUGUCCUCAACCCCUCUCCCCCAAGUUGUUUGUCGUCGUCCCUAUUGAGUGGAGUAUUUUUAAAGUUUUAGGUUUAACCUUUUUAAAAGGGAAGAAUUUUGAGUGUUGCUCUGAUCGUCCGUGAAGACGUUGCCUUCCGGUUCCUUGUGCUUAUUUAACUAGGUGAUACUGGAACGGUAGCAUGUGGCCGGUAUUGCUUGGUAUUUCAGUCUUUUUCAGAGUCAUUUGGUCCCAUAAUAAUUGCCAGAAUCAGCUCUGUGCUUUGUUU